GCCGGUGAAGGCUGUGCCGGUGAAGGCUGUGCCCGUCAUGCCCGCUGAUGCCCCCCGCACGUAGCGGUCAUGCAGAGGGGGGUCCCCGGCCGGGCGGAGGAGGAGGAUGAGAAGAGAGGCAGCGCGGGGCUCCCCCUGCCCUCCACCUCCCGCUCCCCGCUCCCCGUCUUCGUCUUUCCUCCCGCGUUGGACUUCUUCGCCGACGACCAGAGCAGCCACAAGCAGGUCCUCACCAUCUACAACCCCUUCCCCCGUGUGCUGCGGUACAAAGUCCUUUCCACGGCCCCCUCCCGUUACGUGGUAACCGAUGCCGACGGCGCCGUCCGACCCAACUCCUGCAUUGACAUAGUCAUUCGGCACAGGGAUGCCCACCCUCGCCACUGCGGGACCACCGAUAAGUUCCGGGUGGAGGUCUGGGAGGAGGGCGCAGGCCGGGGCCCCGCGGGGAGGAAGGAUAUCGCCGCCGCUCUGCACCGCACCAAACCGCAAGCACGAGAAAGAGGAGCGCGGGAUCCGGGGCUCUGGCGUCCGCCCUCGCGCAUCUUCCCCACGCGGCAGGGGUUCCCGCGGCCGCUCUCUCCGGGCCUCUUCGGCCUCUACGUCCUGGUCGGGCUGGCGUCCCUGUUGGUUCUCAUGCUCCCGUUACACGGAGACCCGCGGAGCGUGCUACACGAGAACCUCCACGUGUCUGUCGUGCAGAAGCUGGUGGCGGCCUACGUGUUGGGUCUCCUCACCAUGGUUUUCCUGCAGGGGUGACAGGAGAGCGGCCCCCUCCCCCACGCUUCAGCCGUCUUCAGACACGCGUGUUCAUGGAACGGGCUGGAUGACUUUAUACGAUAUUGUAGCGUGUAUCUAUGACAUGUAUUCCUGUGUAUACGAACACGCGACGUACUCAUCUCCACGUAUUAUACAUACAUUGCAGCUCCGAGUGUGAGUGUGAGUGUGAGUACGGACGCUCCCGCAGAACGGGCUAAAUGUUAAAAAUAUCGGAAAGCAUUGAAUUUUGUAAAAAUAAAAUAUGCCGGAGCA